AUCAGUCCAUCAGUCCUUCCUUUCUUCCUCAUUACCUACCUAGUACAAGUCCUCUCAGGGGAGUCCUUUUUGGCCUCUUCACGAUUUAAAAAGGGAGAAGAAAAAUGAAAACUGCUUUGCAUGACUCGCCGGAGAAUAUCGCCGGCAAUCUCUCCGGCUAAAGGUCUGGCUUUCGGUUUUCGAUUUCUGUUGACGGUGAGUGCUUCGUUAAGUUCGGCGGGUAUUCGAUUGAUGGCACACUAAAUCACGGUGGUGCCGGUCUCAGUUCGGAAGUAGCUUAUUUAGUCAUUUUGUGUGGAGGAGUUCGAUUUCAAGUGAUUUGCUGAUAAGUCAGAAUUAGCAAAGCAAAAAUGUCUUUCCAACAUAAAAACCUUUGGAUGCUGAGAGAUGGUGGAUGUCUAACUGAUGGGGAGAUGGCUUACAAUAAUUCCUCAAGAAUUGAACCAAAGCGUAGCCGUGAGUGGUUUACGGAUUCUACUGGAGCAGAAUUGUUCAACAGCAAAAGGCAGGCAAAAGAAGUGGUGAGCAGCCAGCCAGUUCCUGGAAUUCCAGACAUGACUGCUUCUUUGUGGCAGAAUGCUUCCAGCUUUCAGCCAGUUUCUGGGCAAUUCACUGAUUGCCUAUUUGGAUCUGAGCCCAUAAGAACUUUCAACUUGGGUGAUGGAAAUAUUCCUUCUGUUGAUGGUCGAAACAUGAAUAUGGGAAGAAAGGUUUUUGAGCAUCAAUAUGACAGUCGAUCCUCUGUAGGUUUGUCUAUGUCUCCUGUCAUUGAAGAUGCCUCCCCACGUCAUAGUUUCAGUGGAGUUAGAAAAGUUAAAGUCAAUCAAGUGAGGGAUUCAAACAAUGGUAUGCCAGCAUCAAUGGGUACUGCAUAUAACAGAAGUGACAACAACACAUCUUUGGGUCCAAAUUAUGGUAAUGGGGAUGAGAAUACCAUCUCAAUGGGCUCCACCUUGUCUAAAACAGAUGGAAAUUUCAAUUUAUUAGGUCACACCUUUAACAAUGGAGAUUGCAAUUUUAUAUCUAUUGGCCAUAAUUAUAACGAGGGAAAUGGGAAUAUCUUGUCCUUGGGCCAGACUUUUGACAAGGGGGAUGGCAGAUUUAUAUCAAUGGAUCAAUCAUAUGAAAAGGCUGAUUGCCUCGUAUCAUCGAGCCCCUCCCAUGGCAAGGGGAAUGACAAUUUCAUUUCAAUGGCUCCCUCUUACAACAAACAUGAUAGUGUGGUUUCAGUGGCUCCUUCCUAUGAAAAAGGAGAUGGUAAUCUCAUAUCUAUUCGUCAAUCCUACAAUAAGGCAGACUUCAAUGUCACAGCAAUAGGUCCUGCCCAAGACAAAGGAGAUUCCAGCAUUCUGUCCAUGAGUCACAACUACAACAAGGGUGAGUCCCAAACCAUAUCUUUUGGGAGUUUUCAUGAUGAACCAGAGGCAAAUCCCCCUGGCAGUAUCAUCAGUAGCUAUGAUUUGUUGAUGAAUAAUCAGAACCCUGUGCAAGCUCCAGGUGUGCCUGGUCAGAAAGGGUUGGUUGAGGCCGUUCCAGAUUCAAAUGCAAAUAGUGCUCCUAAAAGUAAUUUUAAAAUCAAAACCAAGCCCAAGACUAAGGAACCAAAGACAGCAAAAAAAGUUUCUUCAAACAAUUUCCCUUCAAAUGUCAAAAGUUUGUUGUCUACUGGUAUCCUUGAUGGGGUUCAUGUGAAGUAUGUUUCCUGGUCGCGGGAGAAAAGUCUUAAAGGUUAUAUAAAUGGGACUGGUUAUUUGUGUGGCUGUAAGGAGUGCAAGUUCGAGAAGGCUCUGAAUGCUUAUGAGUUUGAGUGUCAUGCUAAUUGCAAGACCAAGCACCCCAACAAUCAUAUUUACUUUGAGAAUGGAAAGACCAUUUAUGCAGUCGUUCAAGAGCUGAAGAAUACUCCUCAGGAGAUGCUUUUUGAUGCAAUUCAAAAUGUGACAGGGUCUCAAAUUAAUGAGAAGAACUUUCGUGUGUGGAAAGCAUCAUACCAAGCUGCUACCCGUGAACUUCAGCGCAUCUAUGGGAAGGAUUAAGUCCCAUUGUGAUCUUGACCCUUGAGAUGAAGACUUAGCCUUUCCACAUGUGAGGUGGGUCAGAUCGUUGAACACAAUAACAGCAUUUAUCUUAUGGUAAAUUGUAGAAUUUAUAUGGGUUUUGAGUAAUUUAUGUAUGCCAAUGGGCAUUAUGACUUUUCAGACUUUAUUUUGUUACCUGGUUUAGACAAUUAUAUGUCCUAUCAAAAUUUAAGUUCCU